AUGGAGAAAAAAAACCUCACGUUGACUAGUAAAACUGAUGCCCCGCCACUUUCGGGCGGUGGUCAGGUGGUCACGUACACCCAAUCCACUAUCAAGCGCUCUGAUUUUCCCAAGGAUUUUCUCUUUGGUUCUGCAACGUCGGCUUAUCAGGUUGAAGGUGGUUGGGCAAAAGAUGGUAAAGGCAUGAGUAAUUGGGAUUGUUUCACACAGAGGCAACCUGAUAAAAUUGCAGAUGGUAGCAAUGGAUGUGUUGCUAUUGACCAAUAUAAUAACUUCAAGGAGGAUGUGGCAUUGUUGAAGAAAGUGGGUUUGGAUUCUUACAGAUUUUCAAUUGCAUGGACUAGAAUUUUGCCAGGCGGAAAGUUAUGUUAUGGCGUGAGCAAGGAAGGAAUUAAGUACUACAAUGAUCUUAUAGAUGCACUCUUAGACGGAGGAAUCAUUCCAUGUGCAACGAUCUUCCACUGGGAUGUUCCUGAAUGCCUAGAAAAAGAGUAUGGUGGCUUCUUAAGCCCCGAAAUUGUAAAUGAUUUUAGUAAUUUUGCUGAGGUUUGCUUCUGGGAAUUUGGUGAUCGAGUGAAAUAUUGGAUCACAAUGAACGAGCCAUGGUCCUUUACAUUACAAGGUUAUGUACUCGGCUCUUUUCCCCCAUGUAGGGGUGCGACUAUGCCAGAGUCUCUGGAAACGGAUCACUGUCAUCACAGAUGUCACAUGGCUCCGACUAUUUGCAGUAAUGGAAAUCCGGGCAUAGAACCAUAUAUUGUGGCACAUAAUUUGAUACUUUCUCAUGCAGCAGCUGUUGGCAUAUACAAACAAAAAUAUCAGGCACAUCAAGGAGGCCAGAUAGGGAUCACAAAUGUCUCAUGUUGGUAUGAGCCUCUUACUGACACUCAAGCAGACAAAGACGCUGCUUCAAGGGCUCUCGAUUUUAUGCUAGGAUGGUUUGUAGCACCUAUAGUAACAGGUGAUUAUCCACAAAGUAUGAGAAAAAUAGUGGGAAACCGUCUUCCCCAAUUUACACGAGAAGAGAUGAAUUUGGUCAAAGGAUCGUAUGACUUUUUAGGCAUAAACUAUUACACGGCUAGUUAUGCCAGCCACGAACCUUUAAAGGCAGGCUCUCCACCGAAUUACACAACAGACCGCCUCGGUAAAUAUUCAACUGAACGUGAUGGGAAGCCGAUUGGUACAAAGGCUGGGUCGGAUUGGCUCUACAUUGUUCCAUCUGGAAUUUAUAAGCUUAUGCUUUAUAUAAAGAGCACAUAUAAUAAUCCCAUCAUUUACAUCACAGAGAACGGGGUGGAUGAAAAGAACGACAAUACCCUAACAGUCGCAGACGCUUGCAAAGAUGAGAUAAGGAUUAAGUAUCACCAUGACCAUCUCGUCUGCCUUAAAAAUGCAAUGGAUCAAGGUGCAAAUGUGAAGGGUUACUACAUAUGGUCAAUGUUCGAUAAUUUUGAAUGGGCUGCGGGAUACAGUUCUAGAUUCGGCAUUUUCUAUAUAGACUACAAAAAUGGCCUUUAUACAAGAUUUCCGAAAUACUCAGCUAAAUGGUGGAUGAAUUUCCUUGAUAAGACGACCAUAGUUUCAUCGAAGAGACAAUCUCAAGAAAAUGAUGGAGGGUAUGGCUCAGUGAAAAAGGCUAAGAAGCAUUAA